UCCCAUGGAACCUGAAUGUAACAUCACUGGGUGUAUGCAGAGUGCAGACUGUCUGCAUACUGCUGUUGUGCGCAUCGUUAUUUGAAUGAGCGGACCAAUCAGGGGCCUCGCUGGACGGAAGCGUUGAGCUUCCUGUCACUCUUACCCAAUCAGCGCGCUGUCCUGUUGUUUGCCUUGCUUUUUGAAUUGAGCUGGAGCAGCACACUGACACCGUCUCUGCAAUAGUGUCGAGUAGUUAGCUGUCAACAAACUGAAGUAGUCAUUUUGGACUAUUGUCAUUUAUAAAGACCAACAUGCAUUGAUACUAGACCUGUGAUUUUACGGAGCGAUGUUACAGCUGUUUUAAAGAGCGUUUUGAACCGAAGAGGAAUUGUGACGAGUUCUUAAUUGUGUUGUUGACUUACUAGCUUGGUGGCUAGCUAGGUCAGCUAGAAAGCUUGUUAAAUAUUACUGAUUCAGCGGCCAGUUGAGAUUCAUUAGCUAGUUUUUUUUUUUUUAGAAGGCAUCAAAACAGUCGGUUCCUGCCAUGGCUGACAGCAGCAUAUUGACUUUAGGGACAGCUCGGAGUCUGUUGGUGGAUUCUUCGGUCUAUGAUUCCAGGAUUGCUGAAACCACCAAGGAUCAUGUAUUUCUGGGCAUGGGAUGUGAAGAUGGGGAAGAUAUGCUGCCAAAAGUGGAGACACGGGUUGUUCUGGUGGGAGAAGCAGGCAGAAAUAGAGAGCUGGCCAAAGCACUGCAGGCCAUCAGAGUAAUGGAGGUACCUGUGGUAAAGAUAAGAAAAGGCGAGGCGGGUGCCGAGGAGAAAAUGAUGAUAAAAUCUAUAGUCAAUAUGGACAUCAACACCCCAUUCAUAAUGACAGAUAGCGUCCAGGAGUUUGGGGAUGGAGAGAACACUGAGUUUGAGACGGUGUUUGUUCUCACACAAUUUGAUUCUCCUGAAUACAACUACCUCUACAAACAUGAACACCGCAUUGUUGGGCCUCCUGUUGUGCUGCACUGUGCUGCGAAGGAUGAACCUCUCCAGUUUUCAUGUCGACCUCUCUACUCCACCACCAUGUUAAACCUGUCUCUGUGUUUCACUGGAUUCAGGAACAAAGAGGAAAUGAAAAACUUGGUGAAUCUGGUUCAUCACAUGGGUGGGACCAUACGGAAAGACUUUAGCACAAAGGUCACUCAUCUUGUUGCAUACUCCACUCAUGGAGAGAAAUACAGGCUGGCAGUGUGCAUGGGGACACCCAUCCUCACUCCAUCAUGGAUUCUUAAGGCCUGGGAAAGAAGAGAUGAUGUAAAUUUCCACGCAGGUGACGAGGAGUUUCGAACUGAGUUCAAAGUGCCCCCGUUUCAGGACUGCGUUCUCAGUUUUUUGGGGUUUUCUGAGGAAGAGAAGGCCAACAUGGAAGAGAGGACUCUUAAACACGGUGGCAUGUACCUUGAGGUUGGAAAUGAAAGAUGUACGCACAUGGUUGUGGAGGAAAACCUGGUAAAGGAGCUACCAUUUUCUCCCUCCAAGAACCUAUUUGUGGUCAAACAAGAGUGGUUCUGGGGAAGUAUUCAGAUGGAUGCUCGAGCUGGAGAAUCCAUGUACCUCUAUGAGAAGAAUGACAGCCCAGCUAUGAAGAAAGCAGUGUCCCUCCUUUCCCUCACCACCCCAAACAGUAACCGUAAGCGUCGACGUCUGAAGGACACAUUGGCUCAGCUCACCAAAGAAACAGAGAUCUCUCCCUUCCCUCCGCGCAAAAGACCGUCAGCAGAGCACUCGUUGUCUAUUGGUUCACUGCUGGACAUCUCUAAUACUCCAGAGACAUGCAAGGCUUUGGCAGAAGACAGAGUAGGAGAAAGUUUUGUGGCCAAGACUAGGAUAGGAAGAAGGAAAACCAGGGAAAGGAGUAGGACAGACAGGGAGGAGAGGAGAAAAAGGUCCCAUCUGACUACAAAUGCUUGUCAACAACCAGAAGAAGAGCAGCACCAGGGAACUUAUGGAGAGAGUUCGAAGCCUUCUAAGAGUUCAACUCCGGUUCUCUCCAAGCAGUCAGCCAGGUGGCAGGUCUCCAAGGAGCUCUACCAAACUGAAAGCAACUAUGUAGACAUUUUAAGCACAAUCCUACAGCUUUUCAAGCAUCCAUUGGAAAAAGAGGGACAGGUGGGUGGACCUAUCCUGGCUCAAGAGGAGAUUAAGACAAUAUUUGGCAGCAUCCCAGACAUCUAUGAAGUUCAUACCAGAAUAAAGAAUGAUCUUGAGGAGCUCCUCACAGACUGGUCAGAAAACAGAAGUGUUGGAAACAUCAUUCUGAAAUACUCUAAAGAGCUGGUGAAGGCCUACCCCCCCUUUGUCAACUUCUUUGAAAUGAGCAAAGAGACCAUUGUUCGGUGUGAGAAACAAAAACCACGGUUUCAUGCAUUCCUCAAGGCCAACCUGCUGUCCUCCCAUCGUAGCCUCGUUUACCGAGUAGAAACCAUUGCUCUGGGAGAUCAGCCAUGUGACCGUGGUGAAAAUGUCACAUUAUUCCUCUUCAAUGACUGUCUUGAGAUUGCAAGGAAGCGACACAAGGUGAUCAAUACGUUCAAGAGUCCGCUGGGACAGACGAGACCACCGCCCCCCCUGAAACACAUAGCAUUAAUGCCGCUGUCUCAGAUUCGACGAGUGCUGGACUUGCAAGACACAGAAGAGUGUGUGAAUGCAUUCGCCUUGGUGGUUCGCCCUCCGACUGAACAGGAGAACUUGUUGUUCAGCUUCCAACUGGCGGGAGAGGAAACGGUUAAAAGCGCCUGGCUGCGAACACUUUGCCGCCAUGUAGCCAACACCAUCUGCAGGGCUGAUGCGGAAGACCUUAUUCAGUGUACAGACCCAGACUCACUGCAGGUCAGCACCAAGGAUAUGGACAGCACCUUGAGCAAAGCCUCCAGGGCCAUCAAGAAAACCUCUAAAAAGGUGACAAGAGCGUUUUCUUUCACCAAGACCCCAAAGCGUGUGAUCCAGAGGGCUUUCAUGGCCAACAGUCCUUCAGAUGAGAAAAGCCAGAGGCUGAGCUGUGAAAACCGCGUCGGCAGCAGCACCACGUUGGCUAUGCCUCGCGCUGCCUCAACAUUCAGUUUGAAUGAUUCUACCAAAAGCAGUGCCGUGGUGCAGCGCUCUAACUCUCUGGACCACCCUCCAAUCAGAUUCAACAUCCCUGAUCGUAUGCGAACCCCCUGCACUCCCCCCAAAAAUCCUGUCCCCAAAAUUGCUUCUGAGUUGAGCCAAGACCCUUACCAUUCAGGGGUGGACGUGCUGGUGUUUUUCGGAUCCUUGACCUGCUGCAGGACCCAAGCACACCACUCACCCUCCAUGGUCCAUCUGCCUACCAUGUUUGAGAGGAAGUAUCACACAUUCAGUCGUUCAACCACCCACCUCUUCUGAAAUGCUUCUGUUUGAAGGCACCAGCAGGAGUCAUUGCUAGCCUUUUCCACCUCGUUUGCCUUGACUGACACUAACAGCAAGAUUUGACCACAUAGGUCGAUUUGCAUAAAGUUAAAGCUACCUGUAAAUACGACAAACUUAUAUUUGUCCAAACCGGCGCUUCAGGCUUACACAGAUUUAGCCUAUCCAGAAGAAAUGGCUUUAAGCCAUCAUAAUGCACUGAAUGUAGGGACUUACUGAUAUUUGCCAGUAUCAGAACUGUCCUGCAGCUGUCUGUGGCUUCCCAUCUGAAAUAUGAGCAGCAGUGGGGGCAAGCUGGUCAUAAUUUUUAUGCUUUAUCCAGCUAAUAUUAGUCAUUUGCUGCGAACUUCCAGGACUUCCUUUCUUUUUCCAAACUCACAAUGUUUGAAUUGAGACUGCAUCACUAGGGCCUAACUGGAACGGUACUGUGCCAUGUUUGUGUUUGAUAGCCACUGCUUUGGUCAAGUUUGACUUAAUUUAAAAAAUAUGAAGGACAAAUUUUUAGUUUUUCUUGACAUUUUC